AUGGAGAGCGCCCCCAGCAACCCUCAACUCAAACAUUCGGAUCCCCUAGAGGCCUUUCCCCACAGGAGACUGGAGGCAGGUGACAUUGCGGUGCUGGUUCUGUACUUCCUCUUCGUCCUGGCCGUUGGACUAUGGUCCACAGUGAAGACCAAAAGAGACACAGUGAAAGGCUACUUCCUGGCUGGAGGGGACAUGAUGUGGUGGCCAGUGGGUGCAUCUUUGUUUGCCAGCAACAUAGGAAGUGGACAUUUUGUAGGCCUGGCAGGGUCAGGUGCUGCUGCGGGGAUUUCUGUAGCUGCUUAUGAGUUUAAUGGCUUAUUUUCUGUGUUGAUAUUGGCCUGGAUCUUCCUCCCCAUCUAUAUUGCUGGCCAGGUCACCACGAUGCCAGAAUACCUCAGGAAACGCUUUGGUGGCAACAGGAUCCCCAUCAUUCUGGCUGUGCUCUACCUGUUUAUCUACAUCUUCACCAAGAUCUCGGUGGACAUGUAUGCAGGCGCCAUCUUUAUUCAGCAGUCUUUGAAAUUGGAUUUAUACCUGGCCAUAGCUGGGCUGUUGGUCAUCACAGCUCUAUACACUGUUGCAGGUGGCCUGGCUGCUGUGAUCUACACGGAUGCCCUGCAAACUGUGAUCAUGCUUAUAGGAGCACUCACCCUGAUGGGCUACAGUUUUGCUGCCGUCGGAGGGAUGGAAGGCCUGGUGGAGAAGUAUUUCUUGGCCUUGGCCACCAACCGUACUGAAAACAGCAGCUGUGGGCUUCCCCGAGAAGACGCUUUCCACAUCUUCCGAGACCCACUGACAUCUGACCUCCCGUGGCCCGGGAUCCUAUUUGGAAUGUCCAUCCCGUCUCUCUGGUACUGGUGCACAGAUCAGGUUAUUGUUCAGCGGAGUCUGGCUGCCAAAAACCUGUCCCAUGCCAAAGGAGGCUCUCUGAUGGCUGCAUACCUGAAGGUGCUGCCCCUUUUCAUGAUGGUGUUCCCUGGAAUGAUUAGCCGUGUUCUCUUCCCAGAACAAGUGGCCUGUGCAGAUCCAGAGAUAUGCGGGAAAGUCUGUGGCAAUCCCUCUGGUUGCUCUGACAUUGCAUAUCCCAAACUUGUGCUGGAGCUCCUGCCCACAGGGCUCCGUGGGCUCAUGAUUGCUGUGAUGGUGGCGGCUCUCAUGUCCUCCCUCACCUCCAUCUUUAACAGUGCUAGCACCAUCUUCACCAUGGACCUCUGGAAUCACAUCCGGCCUCGGGCAUCUGAGAAGGAGCUCAUGAUUGUGGGCAGGGUGUUUGUGUUGCUUCUGGUGUUGGUCUCCAUCCUCUGGAUCCCUGUGAUCCAGGCCAGCCAGGGUGGCCAGCUCUUCAUUUACAUCCAGUCCAUCAGCUCCUACCUGCAGCCACCUGUGGCUGUGGUCUUCAUCAUGGGGUGUUUCUGGAAGAGGAGCAAUGAAAAGGGUGCCUUCUGGGGUCUGAUCUUGGGCCUUCUCCUAGGCUUGAUUCGGCUGGUCCUGGACUUCAUUUAUGCACAACCGCGGUGUGACCAGCCAGAUGAGCGUCCCGCUGUGGUAAAGGACGUCCACUAUCUCUACUUCUCCAUGAUUCUGUCUGCUGUCACCCUGAUCACCAUGUCCACUGUGAGCUGGUACACAGAGCCACCCUCCAAAGAGAUGGUCAGUCGCCUGACCUGGUUCACUCGUCAUGACCCCACAGUUCAAAGGGAACAGGUGCCACCAGCAAGUCCCCUGCCUCCUACCUUCUCUCAGAAUGGGACGGCAGAGACCAGCAGCACAAACAUCCAGUUGGACACUGUUCAAGAAAACAUGUCCAAAAUGCACAACUGUGAUGUGACCCAAAAGCAGUCUAGAGUGGUGAGAGCCAUCCUGUGGCUCUGCGGACUGGAGGACAAGGGCCAGGCGGAGCCCAUGAGCAGAGCAGACCCUGUCAUCGUGUCCUUGGAAGAAAAUCCCUCUGUGAAAGCCCUUCUAAAUAUCAACCUCAUACUCUGCCUCAGCUCUGCCAUUUUUCUCUGGGGCUACUUUGCUUAG